CAACGCGUGAGAAGAAGUCGAUCGAAUGAGCUCGUUCGUAGCACGGCCGAUUAAGUUAGCUGGCUUGAGAUUUUCAAAUCAUCCGUACAGUAAUCGAUUUGUUGGUGCAGACGUGCGAAUCUCUUCACGGCGAAAUGGACGCGAUCGUUGAAGCAUGCAAACAGGAUGAAGACUGUCCUGAGAAGCAGUACUGUUAUAAACUUUCUGGACACUGCGUGAAUUAUACGAUAUGCAGCAGGUACAAUCGUGUCGAAACAGAUAAAUUGGCACGGAACCCUUUUCAAUGCGGGCCAUGCUUUGAGGGAUAUACAAAUGAAGUGCUUGCAAACGGCCACGAUGGGUCAUACUGCGCGAAAAAGAUCCAGACAGAAAAUUCACUGUCUACAAUAGAUCAAACCGCGCUAAUAUGGUUGCUUGUAGGAACGUUGAGUAGUUUAAUCGUUCUUACUACACUAAGUUGCAUCCUGUGGAAGUUUCUCCUUAGAAAAUGGUAUUAUUGUAAACGUAACGACGUCGAGUGCGUUGAGUUUAAUAAUGACAAUGCAGUAGCAACCAAUGCCAAUGCUCCACCGGAAGAAUAUAAUCCAUUUAUUGAAUCGAAGGAAGAAAAGUUGACGAUUGAAAACGAUAACAACAAGGUCGUUGCUAUCGAUAAACUCGUGGGCGCAACUGCAUGGAGAACGCCGAACUGGGUCUCGAAUGCCAAUUACGGCACGAACCGGUUGGGCGACGACGACGACGACGACGACGACGACGACGACGACGACGACGACGUCGACGUCGAUUUCAAUUCUCCUAAUCAAGGAAAUAAUGUAAUAGCUCAAGUACCACCUGUACGCAAUGUGCCUAAUACAAAUGUACCUAACAACUCAACCGCAGGACAAUUGGCUAUUACGAUGCCGGAAUCAACUGCGAAUCAGGAUAACGCCAGAAAUAUAGUAUUGCAGACUUAUAUGUACAAUUAUGAGCGCAAUACUGAUGGCAAUAUUGAUAAUGAGGAUACCGAUAACAACGAUACUGAUAAUAAUGCUAACAGCAAUACCGACCCUACACCGGAACCUAAUGAAAACGGAAACAAGUACAAUGGGAAAAAAUCGAUGUUGAUCAAUCAGAUGUUGAAGAACAUCACGAUGAAUGUGAAUGUAAUCAAUGUAAACGAUGUGUAACAACGAAAUUGAAAAUUGUUAUCGAAAUCAUAUAUUAAUCACAUAUUAAUAGAUAAUACAAUGUUAAACUAAGCUAAUGGUACAGUUUACAUAUAAGUAUCUCUGUGAUUUGCAAAUAUACGAGUUUGAGAUGUUUCAUAUGAAGAAUCGUAAUCAAAAAUUGUAUUGAAAAAUAAUUUAUAUGCCAUUUUAACGUUUCAUUUCACGUUUUCGGUUGAUACACGACAUAAAUUUUAUAUGAUAAAUCAUUGAUAUCUGUUCUUCACAAGGCAUCAUAUUCUGUACCAUUUUACGCCAUUAAAGUAUUUUUUUUCUAC